AUGUGGUCUCUACUGAAACUACUCACCCCUGCCAUUAUAGUGCUAAGAGAUGCAGGGGCUGCAAGACUUGAUGUGUUUUCAGUGGAUAAUGAAAAACUGCAGGGUGGAUUCAUGCUGUGCUUCCUGGAUGAUGGAUGUGGCAUGAGCCCUGAAGAAGCUUCAGACAUCAUAUACUUUGGAACAUCCAAGAAACGGUUGUCUACCAUGAAGUUCAUUGGGCAGUAUGGCAAUGGUCUUAAAAGUGGGUCCAUGAGGAUUGGAAAAGACUUUAUUCUUUUUACAAAGAAGGAAGAAACAAUGACAUGUGUGUUUUUUUCUCAGACAUUUUGUGAAAGAGAAGGCCUUAGUGAGGUUGUAGUUCCAAUGCCUUCAUGGUUAACAAGAUCCAGAAAAUCUAUUGCAGAUGAUCCUCAAAAAUUCUCAAUGGAAUUGUCUAUCAUUUAUAAAUACUCUCCAUUUAAAACUGAAGCUGAAUUGAUGCGGCAGUUUGAUGUGAUUUAUGGAAAAUGUGGUACAUUGCUGGUUAUUUAUAACUUGAAGCUCCUGCUUAGUGGAGAACCAGAGUUGGAUGUUAAAACAGACAAGGAAGAUAUACUGAUGACUGGGGCUCUUGAGGACUUUCCAGAAAGAUGGUCGUUCAGAGCCUACGCGUCUGUUCUGUAUUUUGACCCUUGGAUGAGAAUAUUCAUUCAAGCCAAAAGAGUUCAAACAAAACAUCUAUGUUAUUGUCUCUACAGACCCAGAAAGUAUUUGUAUGUUACAUCUUCCUUUAAAGGAGUAUUUAAAAAUGAAGUUAAAAAGGCAGAAGAAGCAGUAAAGAUUGCCGAACUUGUAUUGAAAGAAGCACAAAUCAAAGUAAACCAGCUUGACAGAACUUCUUUGUCUUCUGCCAAGGAUGAAUUACAGAAAGCUUUGGAGGAUGUAGAAGCAAAGCAAAUGAAUCUUAGAGAGAAACGAAGAGAACUAAAAAAAAAAAGAACACUCUCCCUGUUCUUUGGAGUGAACAUAGAAAACCGAAACCAAGCUGGGAUGUUCAUUUACAGUAAUAACCGUUUGAUCAAAAUGCAUGAGAAAGUGGGUCCACAGUUGAAAUUGAAGUCCUUACUUGGUGCAGGUGUGGUUGGAGUUGUUAACAUUCCUUUGGAGAUCAUGGAACCAUCUCAUAAUAAACAGGAAUUUCUCAAUGUCCAAGAAUAUAAUAAUCUACUAAAAGUUAUGGGACAAUACUUGGUCCAGUACUGUAAGGACACUGGGAUCAGUAAUCGAAAUCUAAAUUUCUUUUGGAAUGAGUUUGAAUAUCAGAAUAGCACAGAUAUAGAGAGACCUUUAGCUUCUAUUCAGUAUAGAAGAAGACAAGCCAUGGCCAUCCCAUUCAUCAUACAGUGUGAUCUUUGCUGUAAGUGGAGAGUCUUGCCGCCUUCUACCAAUUAUCAGGACAAAGAAUUUCUUGACAUGUGGAUUUGUGCUAAUAAUCCUAACCUCUCGGAGAACAGUUGUUAUCAUGUAGAACGUCUGCCUUCCAUCCCACUGGGCACCAUGAGUACAAUAUUACCAUCAAAAAGUGAGAAAGCAAAGAAGCUUAGAGAGUCAGUUCAAAGGUGUCAAAACAAACUGGCAGAGAAGCAGCCACAGAAACCUCAACUUAUACCAACAAGUAGGAUCUCUGAGUUCAUUUCCACCUGCCCCACUUCGGCACCUAAGGAAAAUGUCAAAAGUCAGAAAAUCAGGCCUUCAGGUGACAACUUGAAGCAUGAGUCUCUUUCAUCCUUUGAGCUUUCAGACAGCUAUAGAAGCCAAAAAAGACUCCCAGAAGAGACAGACUCUGAUGUAGAGUAUGUUUCAGAGACUAAAAUUGGGAAAAAGUCAAUGCAGAAGAAAAUGAGACGUGCAGCGGCCCUGUCAGGAGGUGUCAGGCUACCUGAGACGUUCCAGGCCUCUUUGUGGGGAAUGAAAAGGAAGCGGCGACUAAACAUUGUAAAGAAAUGUAAAGUGCUGACGGAAGUUGAAGCCAGCACCAACGAUCCAGAUGUAAUUCUGGUUUUAAAUGAAAGCGACACUGAUGUUUCACUGAAGCAAGAAAAAAAGGAACUUCCACUUAUAAACGAAGAAAAACAAGAGCUGUGUAAUGAUGCUCCAGAAAUAAAAGGAAACUCUUCAUUAUCUAACCAGCAAAGCUUGCUCAGUGUACCAGUGGAAGACUUCAGUCCAAGUUCUGGACACAAAGCCAAAGUUUCUGUGAGUGAUGGUUGCAAAACCAUUUCUUCGCUGACAGUGUCUUCUCAAAGCACAUCUAUCAAAGAAACAGUGAGAAAACUGAUGUCUAAUUUGAGGGAGAUCCUUCUGUAUUUUUUCCCUGAGUACCAGCUGCCAUCGGAACUGGACUACAUAUCUGUGGAAGAACUUGCAGCAAGUUCGGAGCUGGAGCAAUGCCCAGAGCAGACAAACAGAAUCCUGCAAAUGUGUUUGGACCAGAUCCAGAAUGUUUAUAUGGUCCAAUAUGAAAAAAAAAUAAAGAAAAAAUUGCAGUCCAUUAUCUAUGAAGCAAACAGAAGAGGGGUACUUAACGAAAUCUCUCUGGGGCAAUGUGAAGAAAAACGGAAAACUACUGAGGAUAAACUGGAGAGUCUCCGUGUGCAACUGGCAGCGUUGCUGCAGAAACUGCAGCUGGGUUGUCCAUCAGGUGACUUGGAGCAGAUUGACACCCACGUAGAAGCGUUGCUUAAAGAAGAUAAUCUCCUUUCCUAUAGCACUUUCAAUAAAGUUACUGUAGAUAAGGAUAUAGUUCUACUUUAG